AUGGACUUUGCGGCUGGCGAAUGGGAGAGGAGGCAUGUGAAGCUGGCAAUUCUUAGCUCUGGGGUAAAUUGGUCCGUACUUGGACUGGAACGCCAUGAUUUGCGACCUCACGUCAAUUUUCGGAGCUUUGUAGAGGACGAUCCCGAAGCACUUGACAAGAUCGGUAUCGGAACCCAGGCAGCGAGCUUGCUUCUGAAGUUGGCCCCGUCCGCCGAGGUCCAUGCCCUCAAGGUCACAUCUACAGGUAACAUCAAGUCAUUCACUCCCAUUGUUGAGGCUGUGAAAUAUGCUAUUUUCGAAAUACGAGCAGACAUAAUAUGCAUGGGUUUCGGUUUCCACGAUCGAGUCUCGGAGCUCCAGCAGGUUAUCCGUCGUGCUGCAAUGGGGGACUCAGGUCACGACAUCAUCAUGUUUGCUGCUGCUGGAAACGAAGGGGCCAACCAAGUCGUCGCUUAUCCGGCUCGAGAUCCAAAUGUCUUUUGCGUCUAUUCCACGGACGGAUUCGGUAAUAGCUCGCCAUUUAAUCCCGGCUUGUUCGAUCCAAGCGACAACUUCAGUACUCUAGGAGAAGAAGUUGAGAUCUAG